ACACGUGUUACCAUGCACCGGCGACCGAUUUUCAUCUUAUUCCAUCAUCACUCUCCUCCGCCCGGCUUAUUUCCGGUUUAUUUUACAAACAAAUAACACUCACACGUUAGGUAUGAAACUAUGAGCACCGAAAACAGGCGCGUUGACUCUACACGCGCCGCUGCAAGCGGCAACAACAAUAAUAUGAUUAUCGAACAGAUUAUGUUGAGAUUCCGUCCGAUCGCUCCGCGGCCGGAAACCGCUCAAAACUCCGGUGGUUUUUCACCGGAGAAGGAGUUUAAACGCACGAGAGUGAAGCGGAAGUACGUGAGAGUGAAGAAAACGAAGAAGAUGAACAAGAAGAAUAAUAAUAUUACGAGUUUCGAUUUGGAUCGGACGGUUGCGAUGAUCGAGGAUUCAACCGGAGGUGAGCUUGCGGUGAAGGUUACAGAUCCGUUGCAGAACGUGUCGAACUGGAUCAGUUUCGAUUGUUCUGGAAGCAAGAGAAAAGGUAAGGUUAUGAAUAAUGAUAAUAGAACUGAUAAUAAUAGUUUAUUUGUUUGUAAAACGCCGGAGAAGUAUUCGCCAGAUCUGCAUGGAGUAGAUCUGGCUACGGCGGUGCAACGGCGGAGCGUAGUGGAGUCGUGGAUAACGAUGGAGACGGUUACUGGUACGUGCGAGGAUCGGAGGCUGUUAGGUUGUACGGACGAUGAGAUUUGGAAGAAUCUAGAAACUGACAGCUGUCCAGGUUUCAUCUCGAGCGGUUACGGUCACGGUCACGAUGAGGUGGUGCAGUGGGUGAAUCCGGCGUACCGGAGCAUGCUAGAUCUGGAUUCCGACGGUGAAACUCCGUUGACGGAGGUUGCCGUGUGGCUCAAGGCAAAGGUUGAGAAAUCUACGGUUGAAAAAUAUCUUCCAGCUUUCUCAUGCAGAGUGAGAAUCGAGUACCGGUCGGAGAAGAAGAAGAAGAAGACGCGUAUGACGGUGCCGUGUGAUGUGUUCUUGAUGGAUUCCGGUGGGUUUGCAUGGCGGCUUGAUGUGAAAUUUGCUUUGAGUUUGGGGCUAUCGAAUUGAACAAAUUCGACCUAAUUAAGUUUUCAAAGCAGGUAAAAUUACAUGAUAUGAUAUGAUAUAAUAUCCUAUCGGAUUAAUAACUUCAUAUCAUACAUCAUAACAUCUAUAAUCAAGUAUAUACAUAUAUAUAUAAACUACCUGAGAAUAUAUUGAAUCUGCAGAUGUUGCUGAAAAUAGGUUAAUGUUUGCAGUGUUUGAUGAUUUAA